AUGGCUCAUUUUCUACGCUCACCACGUGAAAUAUGGCAUCGACAAAUCAUCGACACUGGUGCCAGGCUCCAGCUGGGCUCUUUCGAUUAUUUUCCCUUUGAUGCUCUCAGGGAUGCCACGGAUGCCUUUAUUAACCGGCAAGGGCUUGUUCAAGGUUCAUCACAAUGCGAUUCAUUACUUCGAGAGUUGGUCUUGGAACAUGCUGCGCGGGAAAACGGUUCGGAAAGAGUUGGUUUGGUCGCCUGUCUCCACGCCCUUUCCCACUCCGUUGGCACGACACUGCUGGUAGCAAUGAGAGAGAAAUGCCAGCUAGAAGCAACCAGCCCGAAAUUCUUGAGCUGCUUGACGCUUAGUGCACGCGCAAACCCGUUGCUCAUCAACAGAACAGACAGCCAAGUUGCGGAAAUCCUCUUGAGCCUGCUGGCGGGCACCGACUUUCUCCCAGCCAUCAAACAGCUUUUCCAGACCCUGGAGGAAGGCCCUGAUGCAUACAUCCUUCCACCUUCCUACAUCAUCGACUUUUUGAACGCGACAGACUUUUCCACAGCUUUCAGGACCCACUUGGACAUGCUGCAACAAGAACGGAAAUACAUGAGUCUCUGUACCGCAGUUUCCUGGAUUCGAUCAGUAUCUAAUCAGCCCGAGACCUCCACAGCAAAGAUAGUAGCGUCCGCUUUAGUGCCAGACAGGAUAUUUUGGGCCAACUGGAGACCAGACCAGGAACGGCUAAGGAACUGGGAAGAAGGGACCUUUUCAGAAACCCAGAGACAAAAGCUGUGCUAUGUGUUUGAUCUCGAAGGACCAGACAUUACCGGCUCAGGGUAUCCGUGCCUGAAAGACUCGGUUCCUGGAUGUUUCAACGUCGUACCGGUCGUCAACCGAGACGUUCUAUUACUCCACCGCCUCCUAGCCAAUCUGGACAACGCACAGCGUAUUCCUGGCCCACACGCCAUCAAUCUCGUCAUACACCUCUGUAUCAACAGCUCGAGGCCUCUGGACAAUGAUCUUCUUUCCCUCACCGAAGCAGUGCUGGAGACCGACGAUGACGAGUCCAUCCACUCGAUCCUCAUGUGGUUACAAACCUACGAAGCCGGCUUUGACAUUCGAAUGACAGCUCUGACGAGGACACUUCCCAUCUUGGAAGUCUAUCCAAACCUUCAGCGGUUGCUCUCUGGAUAUGUCAGCUUAGACGUGGCUCGAGUCAUGCAGUUGGCCAGGGAAGAAUACAACUCUAUACUAGAGACGGACGUUGCAGAGAAUCUUGCCAUGAGGAUACACGACUUUGGGGUGGCUAUAGUGAACGCCAACUGGCUUCACGGAUCUCUGCCCCUGAAUCUAUGGCAAAGCCUACAGCAACUCCCACCCAAAGAGACCUUGGAUGAGAUCUUCGAGGCCCUCGGGACAUCUCGCAUCAUGAACGAAGACAUCAGGGCAUACCUGAGGGUGGUGAUUGGAGGAGAAACCCAUGGCGACUCCCCUCCAGCCGAAGCGUUGCUAGCAAUCGUCCGCCAGACCAUCCGAUUUUACGCAAGAGGUGUUGAGCCCGAAAGAGCAAAGCUUGCCACCGAGAUAGAGCCACUACGCCAUCAUGACCCCAAAGUAUAUGACGCCUGUAUCGAGCGAAUCUUGAACGAGGAUAUCGUCCUCAUCAAGGAUAUGCUGCCACUGGUCCGGUCAGAAAGUCAUUCCUCGUGUGUCGAAUUUGCGCGCCUCUUGGCCCAGCGUCAACAGCUGCGCUGUUACACUCAUGAAUGCUGGCAUCAGCUGUUGUUCUUCCGGUUACUCCAACAGAGGCGAGACUUGCUGGCGUGGUCAGCCGCGGAGCUUCCUUUGCAGAACUUCGUCCAGUGGGUGCAUGAUCUCAGGGCUCUGUUCUCUCAACAAAGAGUUGGUGGUAGCAGUGGCAUCUCGAGGAUGUCGUUGUCGGAUCUUGGGUUUACGCCGGAAAGGUAUCAAUGGUGGGACGUGCUCCAGCACCAUUAUGGAAGAGCAGUUGGUAUAUUGGCAUAUCUACACCAGGAGGGCAAGGGAGAUUUAAAAUGGCUGUGGCUGCAAGAGAUACCAGAUACAACUGUAUUAUUGGACAUUCUGCAAGACGAAAACAAAGUGUUGCCGCAGGACUCGGUGCUGAUGUCGCUUUUUCAGCCGAAACCAGACACGCUGAGUCUCAUCUGUUUGGCUUUGGCUGGCUUACGUCGGGCUGCUCCUCAAGGGAAGGUGGCCCUUGAGAGUAUCUGCGCUCGGGAAAAACAGCUGGAUGCUGGGAAGUGGAAUCGUCAGGCCACGCAGGUGCUGAGUUACUGCUGGAGACGCUCGCCAGACAUCAACACCGAUGACAUGAGUCGCAAUGCCCUUUGGGCUCUCACGGCUUUGUUGGGGUUAAGGGAUGAUGUUGACGACCAAGGUCUGCAGGUUGCCGGAGAAUGCCUCAUGGCCGACUACGCAAACCUGGUUCUCGCGGCCAAUAACCUUCUCGAUAUGCAAGUUCUACUUCAAAGUUCGGAUGCGGCCCGAACAACUAUGCUCAUGGAGGAGCUCGGCGUAGAAGAUGCCCCUCCUGUUGAACCCUUCACUCCAGCUGCGGCCAUGAUUCCUACACACCUCACCAGCUUCAUCGAACCAGUCGGUGAAAUGCAAUGGGAGCUUUGCUUCCCUCUCAAAAAGAUCUCCGCCCAGAAGAGACAAGCCAUCGGCAUCGAUCCCUCCCCACGCUUGCUCCUCGUGAGGAUAUCCCUUCUAGACCAGCAACCAGCUUUUUGCAUCCACUACCACCCCAGCACCACCGACGACAGCAACACCCGUCCUCACGGCUUGUGGCACGUAAGCGGCCUCAACAUGCCAGACGGCACCAUCUGCUUCGCCAAACCAUCCCUAUUCGCCUACCUCCUAAGCCGCAGACUCUCCGCCUUCCUCUCCUCGCUGUCUCAAGAUAACCAUAUCAGCGGCACCAUCCAAGAGCAACUCCAACUGGACAGAACCUACACCUUCAUCUCAUCCAUCCUUGCCUCUCCCCUAUCCCACUGCCUGGCAUGCCUCGAACAACUCGCCCGCCCCGGUCCAAUUCCUGCAACUUGCGGAUCUCAGUUCUGUGACGAGAUCUUCUUGUUUGCUCCAUUAGAAGUCAGAGCACACCACCUCUUGUCCGACCCCCCGGCGUUGGACUUCUUACUAGCAUGUGUCUAUUCAGCCAAUGUCUCUGUUCCAGAACUGAGAAAUGGGCUCAGAGCGGUCAUUGACUCUUUUCCUGUCCUGGCGGGAGUAAGCUCCUCGCCAUGGGAGACGUUAUCCCGGAUUUUAAGUCGGGAAAACCCAGGGUCUGAUGAUGGCCUCUCAGCAGAUAGAGAGACUUUACUCUCUUGGAUGAGCGGGCAGUUUGGGGGCAGUGGUAGUCUGAUUUCUGCGCCGGGUGGGUCGAAAUUACCAGCUAUGCAGGGGGUUGUGCAGUUUAUACUGAGAACUGGCGACUUUAUUGGCGGUGCGGGGUGCUCUGGGAAUAUCAAGUUUAUUGGGUCGGGAUUGGGGACUAGGAGCAUGUGGGAGAUUUUGUGCAAGGGGUUGGUUGUGGGCGGUGACGGGGAAGCGGAGGAGAGAGGAGAAGAUGAGCCGCCGAUGGAUUUGAGGACUUGCCGGAAGACAAAGACUACGUGGAAGAGCAGCCUGCUGAUGGACAGGAGGGUGUUUGUUGCGUGUGAGGACUUUGGGGGUGUGAAGGGGUUGGUGGUGAGGUAUGUGUUGUUGUGUCCAGAGGGGUUUGUGCCACCGAGGAUGAGGGUUAUUGGGGAUGCGCUGAGGCAGAGUUUUGGUGCUUUGAGGGCUGGGAGGUUGGUCAAGGAGUAG